AUGGCGGACGAACACUGUGCUCAAGUAACAAUCGGACUUCUGAAUUUAACCGAUGCGGAUAUCGCAGCUGACUACACGUACAGCCAAGCUGUUGCAAUUUUAACCACAGUCAUCAACCCUGUUAUGUUCACCAUAGGAAUAUUUGGUAACUUUUGUUUCGUCUUCACCAUUGCUCGUGUACGGUACAUGUGGACAGUUUUGAAUAUCUACCUGGCGAAUAUGGCGUUGUGUGCUGUUUUGGUUUUAGUGUCGCUUAUAUCGAACACACUGGUUCGGUAUCAGGGUAGCUCAGUACCAUGGGAUUUCAGUCCCCUUGGCUCUAUAGGAUGUGUGUUCGUCAACGUUGUACAUGAUAUAGCACUUUGGGCUGCGCUUGUUUUUGGCGGGAUGGUCAAUCUUGUGUUGUACCGUGCUGUACUCCGGCCGUUCCAGUUUCGUAGGCUUGGAGAACGAAAGAGCGCCAUUGUGCUCUCCACCGGAACAUGGCUGUGUAGUUGUUGCAUUGGAGCAGCCUUCUCGCCGACUUGGUUACGUCUCGACACGCGGUGUGUUGCGUGGCCUGAUACGGAACAGUACUCCAUGUAUCCGGAUUACAUAGGAGUGUGCUCCCCUGUUGAGGAGUGGGUCCUCAUCUUCCAUGACUUAGCCCAGACUAUUUGCUUCUUCGUCGGUGGACUCAUUGGUAUCUUCACUUAUGCGACCAUCUUUAAAAAACUCAAGCGAGUAAACCCUUCACCACCGGAAGGGAACAAGCAGCCAUUACCCCGGGGGCGACAGCGCCACGUUGAGGUCAUCAAAAUGGUGAUGAUCAGCUCUGUUGUGUUUUACACAUUCCCAAUGACAUACAAAUGCGCACUGUUCGCUCGUUCCAUAGCUAAACUGACAAACAACUACAUACUUAGCGAAAUGCAGCACAACUAUUUGAUGCUAGUUGCAAACAACAUGAUGUAUGUUGCCCCCGCUAUUUGCCCGUACAUCUAUGCGUUGACUAAUUCGCGUUAUCGCAGCGCGUUAGUUACGGCAUUUACCCAUGGAUGUAGGAAAAAGCACCACCACUUUGUCAUCAGGACAGACCGUAUGUCAACCAUGCAUAUGACGCAACAAAAAUAA